AUGGUCGUAAAUCGUAUAUAUGCUUUCGUGGCAACUGCCAACGGCCUCUCCCUGCGAAAAAUAGGAGAAAGGCAAGGAACGAAUUUGAGUUUUAAUGAAUUUCUCCCUGAAGCUGCGACGUUUCCCCGCUCCGUCGACACAGUGAAGCGCCGAAGGGACGUUCCUCUCAUUUCCGCCGUCGCCAUUCUUCUCAGGUACUCAUUUCUCCCUGUCUCUCUCUCUCUCUCUCUCUCUCGGAGGAAUCAGGAAGCAAUUGCGCCCUGA